AUGCGCCUCUACCUCCUCCCCAUCUCGACGCGGCGGACUCUGCUCUACUGCCAAAAAUUCAACACGAAUACAGCCGAGGGCAAAACAUAUGUCGACAAGACAACCGCAUGGGCGGCCAAGACCUGGGCCAGCUGGGAAAAGAAGGACAGCGGCUGGCAAAAGACCAUUGUCAACUAUGGCAACCAAGCCUUUCGCCGCAUACCAUAUGAGGAGUGGGGGCUGAAAUCGGUGCCUCCAUUGUCAACGAAACGGCGGGAAGAGGAACUGCUGGGCAAGGACAAGGUCGAGGUUGUCUUUCCUGAUACCGCAAUACCUGCCCCCAAAGCACUCGGAAUUCUGCAGACGCUGGCAACGGAGCGAGCAUCGUUACACAGGCAGAGGUUAAUAUGGUGUAUUGUGGGCAUGCCCAUCAGUGCGCCCUUUGCGUUGGUUCCAGUAAUACCUAACCUGCCCUUCUUCUACCUUGUAUAUCGCGCAUGGUCGCAUUGGCGCGCACUCGCUGGUGGAAAACACAUUCAAUUUCUCUCCGAGAACAAACUACUCUCCCUAUCACCAUCUCCCAUUCUGGACAAGAUAUACCCUACUUUGCUGUCCCAGAAUGGUGUAGCGACCACAUCAUCAACCGGGAAGCCGAAAAUAGAGGAACCAGCAACCCCACAUCAGGCCGAAACCCUAGAAGAAGAGAAAUUGUUGCUGUCGCAGGAGAAUGGACGGCAGCUGGUCGAGGCGCUAGAGAUACCCGAACUCGAGGUUGAGAUUGAACGUGCUAUUUUCCAGGUGGAAACGGCCCUCAACAAAGCAAAGGCCGAAUCCUCGACCGAGGCUAGCAAGACGAAGAAGGACGAAUAA